GUUUAGUUUUCUUUGAGACGUUGGCGCAAACGGUUGUCAAACUGCUGCAGCGCCAGUGUACGCGUAGCGUUGUGUAUGCGAGCACAUGCGAGUGAUGAGUGAGGGACAAUUGUUUCGGCUGUGUAGAUCAAAAAUUGUAGUCUUAUCGGAAGAGUGUUGGAAGCACUAGGAGCGCCUCUGGUUGCUGGGUCCACCUCUGCGACAAAGCUCAGGAAGCCCGAUGGCUCGUUUGUUUAUAGAAAUCAUCCGUGCCACAAAACAAAUAUGUAAAUGUAUAAUGUAAGACCUAUUUAGGUGUGAAAUGUAGAAUCACGGCUAAUACUCAGAGGGUUCUUAAUUUUUGGAAUAUCGGAAGAUUUUCUUGGGGAAGUCUAACCUCAAUGUCUUUUGUCAGUGCCUUGGCUACAGCAUUAGUCGAAGGGAGCGGUGACAAUGCAGGCUCUUCGUGGCCCCCAGCAGAAUCUGCUCUUAUGGACAAUCUAACAAUUUUCGCUUCUGUGACCUCUCCGACGAUAUCCCAGGUAGGAUCGGGUAGCGACGGAGAUUCGCACAAGAUGCACAGCUCAUCACAAGACUGGCCUAAUGCAACCCAUAGCGUGUCCUUAUUUUCGUCAGUUUUCAGUGUAUCUUAUUGCACUCAAUGGGCCUCAAUCAACCAUGUAUACUUCCAGUUGGCCAAUACAUUUUUCUUCCUUUCUUAUCUUGCCCCGAAUGGCAUGUACGGCAUACUGUAUCUUAGAUGCACGCUUCUCGUGGGGUGCGCGUUUUUUGCGUUGUGGGGCUGGACGGUUAUGUGCUCCUUCGAUGCCUUCCUCUGGAAUGCUGCCUUCGUCUGCAUAAACUUCAUCCACGUGUGUGUGCUGCUCUACUACCUACGACCUGUCAAGUUCUCCAGAGAAGUUGAAGAGCCUCCGUGGUAUGACAGUAUAUCAUUUCAAGAAAACUACGUAUUGAACAUUUAUAACAAAUCUUACCAAGAACAAGAAAGACAAGUUUGUGAUCACUAUCUCGUGACACACCGGUGGAGAAAGCAACAGGAUAUCGCAAGGUAAUGCCAGAUACACUGGACAUCACCACGCUUGUUGUCUGCCCAGUUCUCGCAAAAUGAAACGUAAAUAUGAUGCUUGUUGAGAAACUGGAUUCUCUGCGAAAGAACUAAGAGAGUUCGUCAGGCAGAUGAAAGACAGAGGAAGAGUCAAAAAUAUAAUUCAAUAAUUAAAGGGCUUCAAAAGACUCUUUCUAAAUUUUGAAGCUGUGUGGUGCUAUAUUCUUUAACUGGGGCUGUGAAAGAUAGGUUGAAUCUUCAGGCGAGGUGCCAUUUCAAAGUAAGAGUUUUUAAAUUAUUUUAAUUCGAUCGGUUCUUUAGGCUUGCACAUUCCAGGACAUUCGUCACUGGGCAACAACAUCCCGUGAAAAUCUUCAAACCACAAAGUGUUAGCAAGAGAAGAAAUAAAUUAAAGUACACUUAAGAGCCAAUACUUGUCCGACUGGUCUUCAAUGAAAAGUGUAUAAAAGAGGAUUUGACAUGGGAUGUCAAGGAAAUUUGUUGCUGUGUUGUCAGUUCAUGGAUACAUAUACAGUGAUAAUUUUAACUUAGCAAGGGAGACCCUUGCUUUUAUGUUCACUGCACUAAAUAGACUGUUGGAAAUACCUGUUGGCUAUUGUUUGAUUUAUGGAACUUAAGCAGUUGUCAGUUAACUAAGUACUCGAAAAAUUAAAUGUACCUGGUGGCUAUAUAGGGGUAUGUGAUAGGACAGCAACCAACAGAAUUAUGUUUAAGAUGCUGGGUACGUGGUUUAAUGGACUGAAUAAAAAGUUUGAAAUACUAAA